AUGGAUGCUUGGAAUAUAACAAGUACAAUUCCUUCAACAACAAAUAUAAUACUGGGAAUUACACCAUCACUUCCGACAAUAUUAAAUUAUUCUGAUCCUUUAUUAAGUAAAAUAUUAACUUCAAAAAAGGCUUUACAAUUAUUAGAAUCUAAUUUCGUAUCUCCUCCUUCAUUUUCAUCCAACGACGAAGGUGAACAUACAACAUCAGAUCAAUCAUCAAAAGAAAAAUCAUUAAUUGAAUUAUUAAUUGCCGCUUGUGAUGGUGAUUUAGUAACAUUAGAAAGUAUAACAAGAUCAAAUCCACAAUUAGUUAAUCAAUUGUUUCCAACUCAAGAAGCAGGAGUAUCUGCAUUAAUUUAUGCCAUUUGUUUUAAUAAUUAUGAUAUUGCUGAUUCAUUAUUAAAUAAUCAUAAUGCUGAUCCUGAUUUAUGUGAUACUUUAGUUAAUUAUACUCCAUUGAUGUGGGCAGUUUAUUUUAAUCAAUUAGAUAUUGUUAAAUUAUUAUUAGAUCAUCAAGCUGAUCCAUUCAAAUGUCCUAAUGAAAAUGAAGAUAAAAAUGCUGUAUCAUUAGUUACACUUGAAAAUAUUGAAAUGUAUGAAUUUUUCAAAACUCAUAAUUUAUUACAUCAACAACGAGGAAGUGGUAGUUUUGAUGACGGUUCAGAUCAACUUUAUGGAUCAAGUAGUUUCUUACCUCAAGAUAAUUAUGAAGAUGACUUAUCAACAAAAUUAAAAAUGCAAACAUUAACCGGAACUGAACGUGGACCGGAUGAAGACGAUGAAGAAGAACAAGCAAAAGGAAGAGAUGAAGAUGACGAAUAUGUAUUAAGUCAAGAUCCAAUCUUACGUCAAUUACCUGAAUUUGAUUAUGAAAAACUAUUACCGGAACAAUAUUUAAAAUUUACUGAUAGUGAUAUCCCUUCAUUAUUAGAUUAUAUAUUUGGACUUCGAUCAAAACCAAAAUAUCAACAUAUUACAAAAUUACCAGCAGCAAUAGUUUUCCAAUUAAUAAGAUAUUCAUAUUUAAAAGUUGAAUCAAUUGAAUUGACGGAAUUUUUAUUUGAUUGUUUUACAGCCAGAUUAAGAACAGUUACAAAUACAAAAUCAGGUGCUUUUAAUAUGGCAUUACAAGAUUCAGAUUCUUCCAAUCCUCAUGGAGGAGCAGGUGAUAUCGUUUCACUUAGUUAUUGGUUAUCUUGUUUACAAUUUUUACAUUUUUAUUUCACCAAGAAUGAAAUCUAUUCAAAAUUCCCUCAAUUUUUACAAGAAAUUAUUAAUUUAGUACAAUCUUUAAUUGCAACUUUAUCAUUCUCAAUAAAUUCAAGAUUAAAUUUAUUAGUUGAUGAAUGUUUACUUGAUUUCAUUAAUCUUGUUGAUGUUUCCAAUGUAUUAUAUGCCAAAGAUUGGAAUUUAUUUAAAUCAAAAUCAACCCUUCAUCCAAGUACAUAUGAUGACAUAUUGGAUAUGUUAUAUCCACCAAAUGAACGAGAAUUAAUGAAACCUUCUCCAAUUAGAUAUAUUCAAGUAUUGGGUGCUUUAGAUUAUGUUCUUAAGAUUCAUCAAGUUGAUAAUUUAUUGAAAAUUCAAACAUUUUCUCAAGUGUUUUAUUAUAUUAAUUGUAUUAUUUUCAAUCGAAUCAUUAGUCAAAAUAAAUAUUGUUCAAGAGCUAAAGCGAUUCAAAUUAGACUUAAUAUUUCGACAAUUGAGGAUUGGUUAAGAUCUCAUAAUAUGAAAGUAUAUAAACCAGAUGCAAUUGGUGGGAUUGAGAAAUUAGUCCCACCAGAAACAAAAUUAAAUAAUUUAUUACAAUUAGAAGAACAAAAAGAUGAACCAGAUAAGAAACCUUCUACAACAACUCAAAAGAAGAAUCCUCAUUAUUUACAAUUUUAUUAUAAUUCAUUAUAUCAUGUGGGGAAAAACCAAUUAACCCCCACCAUAGAAUUAUUACAAUGGUUACAAUGUCUAUCCUCCCUUCAUGAUGAAGACAGUUUCAUCAACACCAUAAAUCAAUUCGAUUCCUUAAAUUAUUAUCAACUCCUCAAAAUCGUUAAUAAAUUAUAUAAAUAUGAAAUCAAUGAAUCCAAAUUCCCGAAAAAAUUAAUCCAAUUGCUUAAAAAAUUAGUCUCCCAACAGGGGGAACAACAAAUCCAAACCGGGUUUUUGCAUUAUAUGACCCAAUCAACUUUCUUAUCGAAAGAAGUAUAUAUUUACCUAAAUCCAAAUUUCAUCUUUUCGGUAGCAUUACCUAACAUAACUGAAUUAAUCGACAAUUAUGGUUCUGGUAUUGGUGGAGUUAAGAUCUUACGAGGGAAGAAAUAUCAACCGUCGUUGCCGAUUGGGAUUAUGGAUGAUAUUGAUGAGAUAUUGACUGAGAAUAAGAAUAGUCAAUUGGCGGAAUAUGAUUAUGAACGACAAGAACAGGAUAUGGAUUAUAAUGAUGACGAGGAGGAGGAUGGGGAAGAGGGUGGGGAAGAGAGAGUGGAUGAGAGGAAGAAGAAGGAUGAUGAUGAGGAGAAGGAAAGGUUUAAAGGAGAUCAAUUGUUUAAGGAGGUGCAGAUGCCAAAUGUGUUGAUGCAUAAGGAAUGGGAGAAGCCUAGUAUGGAUGAUUUUGAGACUAAUCCGUGGUAG